CCCGGCACCGCAGCCGCGGCUUCUCCGCCCGCGCCCAGGCACCGCCCCCGGCGGUUCCGCCCCCUCGCCGGCCCGGGGCCAGGCGGCGGUUGACGGCAGCGGCCGCGAGGUAUGGCGGCGGAAGGGGACGCAUUUCUGAGGGCCCAGGGCAGGACUCUGACCGCCUUCCGCCAAGAUGAUGAGUACCAAUGGAAGGGGCCUUUCUACUUCAUCCAAGGAGCAGAUCCUCAGUUUGGACUGAUGAAAGCUUGGACAGUUGGAGACACUGAGAAUGGAGAUGAUGAAUGGGGAGAAGAAAUAAAAUUAGCAGAGCAAGCAGUCAAGGCCAUCAACAAACUAAACCCUAAACCCAAGUUCUUUGUGUUGUGUGGAGACCUGAUCCAUGGAAUGCCAGGAACUCAGUGGAGAAAGAACCAAGAGCAAGAUUUAAAGAAUGUUCUGAAGAACACUGACCAGGACAUCCCGUUAGUAUUUGUCAGUGGAAAUCAUGAUCUUGGCAAUACUCCCACAAGAGAAACAAUAGAUAGUUAUUGCAAGAACUGGGGAGAUGACUACUUCAGCUUCUGGGUUGGAGGUGUUUUCUUUCUUGUGCUGAAUUCUCAGUUAUACUUCGAUUCUUCCAAAUGCCCUGAGUUAAAGCAAGCCCAGGAUGCGUGGCUCAACGAGCAACUGGCUGUUGCUGAAAAACAUAAAUGCAAGCAUAUCAUAGUAUUUCAGCACAUUCCUCUGUUUCUGAGAGAACCUGAUGAAGACCACAAUUAUUUCAACUUGGAUAAAUCGGUUCGUCAAGAGAUAAUGGCAAAGUUCCAUAAAGCAGGUGUUAAAGCUGUCUUUUCUGGACAUUACCAUAGGAAUGCUGGAGGGUCCUACAAAGGAUUGGAAAUGGUGGUUUCAUCAGCAAUAGGAUGUCAGCUGGGAGAAGAUGCACAUGGGCUGCGAGUGGUUGUGGUCACAGAUGAAAAAGUUGUUCAUAGAUACUACAGUUUGAAUGAAUUGAGCAGCCAGGGCAUUGAGAAAGAGCUGCUAGAUAUGCUUGCAAAGAAAAAUUAGGCUAUUCAAAUGAUGUGAUUUUCUUUUUCCAUAUUAGACAAUUAGAAACAGUUUCAGAAAGUUUCCCUAAGCUGAAGAUACAGAUUUCUAACUGUGCCCCAGAACAGCUCUCAAUUUGUUGUUGUCCUAAAUAACAGGAAAGUUGUUGAUAUGUUUCUCUUUUAGAAAAUGAGACCUAUGUGGAAUAUGGUAGAAUAGUAGAACUAGUAUGGUAACAUAGCAUUGAACUACUCUGAUAGUUUUUAUAUUGCUCCUAUAUAUACUUUCAAAGGGUAAGAAUUGCAAUUUCUCAAUAACCCUUUAACUCAAGUAUAUUUUAGUUUUAUAUUUGAGAGGAUAUUUUAAAAUCAAUAAAUUUAACCAUUUCUGUUACACUCUGGACAAUAUAAAUGGGGCAUUUUUUACUCUAUAAAACAAAUCUCAAAAACUCUGAGAUAACAGACUCUCACUGACUUGCAGUAACCUUUGGACCAGGUCUUAUUACCUAGAGGUUGUAUUUUCUCUCAUUUCUUGACUGAUCUUCAGACUCAGCAGCAAUAGGAGAGCAAACACAUUGUGUUUUGCAGUCACAGCUUGGGUUUACAUUAUAUCCUAGUUUAAUAUAAUGAAAAGUCUAUAAAUGAAGCUGAUAUAGGUGCAGAAAGGACCUAUAUAGGACAGAAACUAACCAUAUAACAGCUAUUUUCCUAUUGAAAUUUAACUACCAUUCAAUUAGCACAUAUUCCUGCUAUAGCUCCAGAAAUUGGAAUAAUUGCAUGGAGACAAUACUCUGUACAGAAUACUGUUACCAGAAGUCACUUUGUUGAUUCCAAGACAAGGGGAGAGCUUUGAUUUCCAAAUGCAAUUUAAGAGUGCCUUGCUGUAAUAUACAAUAUUGAAUGCUGAAGAUCCUAAAAAGUUUGUUUUCUUCACUGAAAGAUGUCUUC